AUGGCUGGCGCAAAUGAACGUAGUUUUAUCAUGAUCAAACCCGAUGGUGUCCAACGUGGAAUCGUUGGUGAUGUCAUUCGUCGAUUUGAACAAAAAGGAUAUAAACUUGUUGGUCUUAAAAUGAUCCAAGCCCCACGAGCUUUACUUGAAAGCCAUUAUGAAGAACACAAGGGAAAAAAAUUCUUUGAACCACUUUUAACCUACGUCGGCAGUGGACCAUGCGUUGCUAUGGUUUGGGAAGGCUUAAACGUUAUCUCAGUUGGUCGUAAAAUGCUUGGUGCUACUGAUCCAUCAAAAGCUGAACCUGGUACCAUCCGUGGUGAUUUUUCAAUCGUUACCGGACGUAACAUUUGCCAUGGUAGUGACUCAGAAACAGCUGCUAAACGCGAAAUCGAUUUAUGGUUCCGUCCAGAAGAAGUUGCCAACUGGGCACAUACAGCUGAACGAUGGAUCUAUGAAUAA